ACCCAAGGGGUGGGACUGGGAAGUGACAACCAAAAAGAAAAGGACAGCUGAACCCUCUGCUCUGCUUAACACCUUUUUUAACCAUUUCCCAUUUCUUCACAUUACCAAAUUAGCAGAAUAGCAAAAAGGAGAGGGAUGAACCACAACAACCUCUCCCAUUCCCACUCCAAUUCAAAUGUAGCUCAAAACUCCCAUUGCUUCAAACUUCCUCUUCCCCCACUUGCUUUAUACGUAGUGCUCUCCCUUUUCUUGUUUGGGCUUGCCGUCUCUCUUUUCAUCCUUGUUGUGGUUCACAACCCUCUCUUCUUUCUUGUUUUCCUCUUCCUUUUUGCUCUCAUUGCUGCUUUUCUUCUCUGGAACUCUUUCUCUUUCCGCAACAACCGUACCAUUCUUCAGUACCUUCGUUCUUUUCCAGAUUCUAACCUCAGCAUUGCAAGCCACGGUCAGCUCGUCAAGAUUACUGGGCAUGUCUCCUGCGGGAAUGUAUCUUUGGAGUCUUCUUAUGAGAAGGUUGGACGAUGUGUUUAUACAUCCACCUUGUUGUUUGAAUGUGGAGAACUUGGCCUGAAACCUGUGGAUGUAAAAGAAUCAUGUUUCGGAUGGAGGCUUGCUUAUUCUGAGAGAUUCUCAACUGACUUCUACAUAACUGACAAGAACUCUGGUAUUAGAGCUUUUGUCAAGGCUGGACCCGACUCCAGAGUUAUCCCGCUGAUCAUAGAGAGCAGACUGGUUACAACAACCAAAAACUGUAAGGUAUUGGCUUCUCAUUUGAGAAAAUGGUUAAGGGACAGGAAUCUUUCAUCUGAAGCUCGUUUACUGCGUCUAGAAGAAGGAUACAUAAAGGAAGGUAGCUCGCUUAGUGUAUUUGGGAUUUUGCAAAGGAGCAGCGAUACCAUGGUGGUUACUCCGCCGGAGGAGCUCAUUUCUACUAGCUGUCUAUGGCAAAAGAUGCUUCUCCCUGUUGAUGUUGAUGGGCUGAUCCUUGGAAUCCCAUAGUCCUCUGAUUUUGCAACCAAUUCUUACUUUUAGACACGCAAUAGAGGAGAUAUUGGUGACAAACCUUUGCAAAAACACUAACAAUGCUGCAUCACAUUUUGGUUGUUUCCAUUCGCGUGUACAGCAACUUGCCUAAAGGAAGGCUUGUUUUUGGCUCAGAAAUUCAGGAGUUAGUGCUACUGUCGUUUUCAGAUAUUGUUCACCAAGUACAUGUGAAUUAUCCUGUUAGACCUUGGCCCUGGUUACAUUGCAAGUGUUUGAUA